AUGUAUUCGAUGACUAAUCGAAAUGAAACAGCACCGAUUCCUAGUUUACCUGAUUAUGCAUUUGGAGAAAAACUAGGUGCUGGAUCAUAUGGGACUGUAUAUAAAGCAAGAUUAAUAUCGAGUAUUCAACCAAGACCAAGUUCAGCUGCUUGUAAUCGCCCGGCGAGUGCUCGACCUAUCAGUGCUCUACCCGCCUUCUAUGCUAUUAAAUGUAUCUGUCGUAAAGCUUUGACAAAAACGGCACAAGAUUUACUUAUCAAUGAAAUCAAAUUACUUAAACAUAUCAAACAUGAAAAUAUUGUUGAAAUGUAUGAUUUUCAGUGGGAUGACAAUUAUAUUUAUAUUGUCAUGGAGUAUUGUGCUGGAGGUGAUAUGUCAAUGUUUAUACGUUCACGGCAAAAGCUAACAGAAGCUCGUGCUCGACCUUUUGUACAACAAAUUGCAAAAGUAUUGAAGUUUUUAAAUGAAAAAAGCAUUAGUCAUAUGGAUUUAAAACCUGAAAAUAUUCUUUUAACAUCAAUUGAGAGACCAAUAUUAAAAGUGGCUGAUUUUGGUGUGGCACAACAUAUAGGCAAACAAGGAAGUCGAAGUAUACGUGGAACACUUAUGUAUAUGGCACCAGAAAUUCUUUCAUCAGAACCCUAUGAUAAUCGUGUUGAUCUUUGGUCAAUCGGAAUUAUACUUUAUGAAUGCCUGUUUGGUAAACCACCUUUUGUUUUUACAUCAAUGGAAAAUCUAAUAUAUACCAUCCGAUCCGAUAUUCCAAUUGAAAUUCCAACCGAUGCGCAAAUCUCUCCUGAAUGCCAUGAUUUACUUGAACGAUUAUUACAGCGUGAUCCAAAUAAACGAAUCAGUUUUCCAGAUUUUUUCCGACAUCCGUUUAUUUCUAAUGAUCUUACACCUGAAAUUGCUCAUGCCGAUACUGUUCUACAACAAGCAAUUCAAUAUGAACACAAAGGAGAUUUGAAAAAGGCUUUGGAUUAUCGUCUUAAAGCACUAGAUGCAUAUCUUGCAAUAAUCAAAAUCGACGAAGAUGUCGAUCGGCAGCAAUUGUUGAGAAUAAAAGUGCAACAAGGUGUUACUGCUGCUGAAAGUUUGAAAAAACGAAUAAACGACACAGCAACAGCACAUUCAGGAUUAACACCACCGCCGACUACAAGUUUAUUACCAUCACCAUCUGUUGUUGUUGGUUUUAAUGAAGAUAAAGAACUUUUUGAUGCUUAUCAACAUUGUUUAAAUGGAAAUCAACUUAUGAACUCAUUUAUAUUUGUACAAGCUUGUGAAGAAUAUGAAGCUGGUUUAAGUGUAAUGCUUCGUGUAGCACGAAGUGAAAUCGAUCCUAACAAAAUAAAAAUUCUAAAAAAUGUGAUAUCUCAUUAUCUAACAAAAGCUGAAUCAUGUAAACAACGCUGUGAAACACAACGAUUAGAUUUAGCUAUAGAAAGAAUCAAGCAAGAUGCAGCAAAUCAUGCUACACUUACGAAUGAAUCAACUAGUGAAGAAAAAAAACAAAAAUUGCCUAUACAACAAACUUGUCGAACACAGUGA